AUGGGGUGCAACACUUCCACCACGAAGAGCCAUGAUGGAGGGUGGGCUGUUGGGGUUUGCUGCAGGAGGAGCGGGGCGCAUAAGGGUGUGAGGCGAUUAGAGGAAGAAGAGGAUGACAGUGUUGUGCUUCCUUACUCUCCUUCCUCUUCCUUGUGUGAGUGGUACAACAAGCAACUGGAAGAAGGCUGCCGACGCUACAGCGCCCCGAUUGAUGAACCAGCCCGUAUUGAGAAGCAUCGCAGCUCGAUCCAUCCGAGAGCUGGGGAUGAAAAGGGAAUACAAAAUGGUAAUGGGUUAAUGAGGAAAACAAGUGAGUUGACCGUUGCGGUGGUAAGAGAGCCAAAUAGGCUAACAAUGUAUCACAUGAGGGCUUUGGAACGGCGGGUAGGACGGGGCAUGUUUAGCGAUGUAACACUCGCAGAUAUGACGGUGUGUACGGUGCCCAGAAGUUUGUGGAAGGGUGCGGGAGAAAAGGGGGACCGUACUGAUGAAGGGAGUGAUCAUCACAUGAAAUAUCUUAUUGCAUGCAAAGAGUAUUCCAUGAAAAAUCUCAGUUGGGCCACUUCUGAGCAGCUGGUAAAGGAAGCAGAACACCUCUGUCACUUGAAAUCCAACAACCGGUUGCUGAAGGUGUUUUUGGUUGAGCGAGUACCAGAUAACUCGGAUAACGGAAGCGGUGGUGUAUCUACUAGUUGCGCUGAAGCGGCAUCAAGGACGUUGCCUUUUUGUGCUGAUCCUCUUGUUUUGUUGAAAAACCCUGCACUUAGCGUCGAUCUGCCUCAAAAGAAUGCUAAGCUACGUGUUUACAUGGAGUACGCGAAGUACGGGACGCUUCGUGAUGUUCUACUGAAAGAGGUUCCAGAUAAAUUUGGUAAAGCCUAUAUGCAUGAACUCACGGUGCGAGCAUAUAUGCGUGAGGUGCUCCUUGCAUUGGCUGUCCUUCAUGAAGCAGACAUACCUCACGGUGACCUAUGUGCCAAGAAUAUAUUCAUUAGUAACCCGAUUAGCCGCGUGUACGGUACUGCGUACCCGGCAUACAUUUCUGACAUUCCCGCUGGGCGUCUCGAUAAGGCGUCAUCACGCGCAGUUUCCCGUGCGCUGAUAAGCACCACUACCGAUGCCACCCACUUCCUCACUGGCACCGAACCUAGCGCAUCGCGUGCAGAAGGAAGUGCCGGGCACUGCGAAGGACGAAACGCUGCGGAGAGGGCGACUGGCCGUAGCUUCAGGCAGAGGACGCCCACAGUCCACCACAGGUCUGUCGGUGGUGCAAAAAAUGAGCCGUAUGGGAGCCAGCGAACGGAUCCAAUACUACGGCGGGGGGAAAGGGCUGUCAGCAUUGUGGCAAAUCGUGCUCGAACAGAGUGUGAUGACUGCGAUAGCGGCUGCAGUCAUUGGGUAGACGAUGAAGUGAAGCACCUCAUCCAGGAUUGCUCAUACAUUGACGGUGAGGUGGUUUCUAUUCCAUCCUCCAAUUCCAGUGUGGAAGGCACUAAUUUCGGCACCAACGGGUUGUUUAAAGGGGGGAAGGUUGCUAAAGAUGGUUCUGUUAGCAGUACACAUGCCUUUCCACAUGCUCUGUCCUUCGCCGAGUGUGGUAGCAUUGCAGAGAAUAGUACCACAGCAUACAUCAGGAGUGGAGGAGAAGUGGAAGCGAGGGGUCUGCUCAGUUCUAGAGGGCACCCCACACCUGUUCUUGUUUGUGGUCAACAAAGAACGGGAGAUGGCAGUAUCCACUCCUCCGCUGAUGUGUACCAUCGCAAGAGCAAAAUUCUCGUCAAGUUGGGUCACUAUGGUCGUAUACGAUCAGUUUUGUUGAGCGAAAAGGAAGACGUGUCACACCUUCUGGGUAGUGUGCCGCAUCUUGCGCCUGAAAGCAUGGGAAGUGGAGUACUGACGCCUGCCAGCGACGUCUACGCGUUUGCGAUGACAUUUAUUGAGCUUGCGACGCCGCGCGGUGCUCUGUAUGAGGAUCUGUAUCCAGGGAACACAGGUCAGUCGCGCAAACGAUUGGCGGGUGCUGAACUGAGCCGUAUGUGGAUGAAUAACAUCAAAAACUACGUUGAGGACAACUUUCACGACGUUCCACUUCCCCAGCAACUAUCAGAAGAGUGUCGCGGAAUGCUGCGCCGCUGCCUCUCGCGCGUGCCAGCAAAGCGGCCUACUGUGGUGGAGCUGCUCCAGCACAGGUAUUUUCUGCUGGGUCAUUGGGCAGCUGAGGCGGUGCGGAGUGGACAAAUUGAAAGUCCAUGGAGAGAAACAGACUUUGAGGCUGCGGCACUUGCCUGUGGUUUGCCGCUAUUGCCAAGCGUUGAAGAAUGCACAGGAGUUGUCAAUUGA